GUGAAGUGUGUGCUAUGGUGUAGGUGUAAAAUGUAACUGUAGUGAGCACAGUAAUUACAGUAGACAGUCUAGCAGUAAUUGAGUAAACACGUGAGCGCGAUAAUACGCGUUCAUAGAUAUUCAGCAUCCUCGAGGAUUGAAUGAAUGAGAACGCGCAGUAAUCUAUUUUUAUCCCGCGCGCUGGUGCAGGUGCACAGGUCAGAGCAGGCGGAAGUGACGAGUGCGCUCACGAGACUCGCAUUAAACCGUCGGGAUUAGAUCGGAGGACAGUCGAGCGGAGCUCAGCCGAGUUAGACGGUGCGAAGAGAAGAGGAGACACUUUGCAAUCGGCGGUAGAAGCAUCUCGGGAAAUGAGCGUCAACUUCACUGGAGGUGUGUCAUAAAACCCGACAGAAUUCAUCUGUAAAGCCUGGCCGCUCAUUUCCCGUCGGGUGAGGAGGGCGUCUGCCCAUACACACGCACGGCACCAUGGGAAGCUCCCCGGAGGUGCUGUCCUGGACGUCCUGUCCCAGCCUGCUGGUGGGGAAGCUGAAGGAAGAGCUGAAGCUCACGGUCGUCGGCGACUCCAUGAAAAAAACCAACAGUAACAUUUCUCCUCAAGCGCUGCUUCCUCCGGCGGCGCCUCCGCCGCAGAUCAUCGCAGACCUGGCUCCGCCCACCACCCUUCCCAUGCCGCUGCAGCAGCUUCAGCUUCCCUGCAGGGACGACGAGCCAGGCGGCACCAGCCCACCGUGCACCGCCCUCAGCGAGGACUCGACGCGGGAGCAGGGACACUUCGAAAACAGCGUUCUGCAGCUGCAGGAACAUGAGGAGGCCGAGACGCCGGGAUCCUGCAGUCAGGGAGGCUGCGGAAGCGGCGGGGAGGAGAAAAACGAGGAGGGCGGGUGUCCGAUGGACCACAGCGGAGACGACACGCACCCCCAUCCGCAUGACGACAUCAAACUGCACUUUCAUAGAGCUGGGACGGGCAGCGGUGGAUUUCUGGAGGGGCUGUUCGGAUGUUUGAGACCCGUGUGGAAUAUUAUCGGGAAAACAUACUCAACCGAGUACAAACUUCAGCAGCAAGACAUGUGGGAGGUGCCGUUUGAGGAGAUAUCUGAGCUGCAGUGGCUGGGAAGCGGAGCUCAGGGCGCCGUGUUCCUCGGGAAGUUCCGCUCCGAAGAGGUCGCCAUCAAGAAAGUCCGAGAGCAGAAGGAGACGGAUAUCAAACACCUGCGCAAGCUGAAGCACCCCAACAUCAUCAGCUUCAAGGGUGUUUGCACGCAGGCCCCGUGUUACUGCAUCAUCAUGGAGUACUGUGCUCAAGGGCAGCUGUACGAGGUUCUCAGGGCCGGUCGUAAGAUCACGCCGCGGCUGCUGGUGGACUGGGCCUCAGGGAUCGCCAGCGGCAUGAACUACCUGCACCUCCACAAGAUCAUCCACAGAGACCUCAAAUCACCAAAUGUGCUAGUCACUCAAAAUGACAACGUGAAGAUCUCAGACUUUGGAACAUCUAAAGAGCUCAGUGACAAGAGUACGAAGAUGUCAUUUGCGGGUACGGUGGCCUGGAUGGCUCCGGAAGUGAUCCGGAAUGAGCCGGUGUCAGAGAAAGUAGACAUCUGGUCGUUCGGGGUGGUGAUGUGGGAGCUGCUGACCGGUGAGAUCCCCUAUAAGGACGUGGACUCGUCUGCUAUUAUUUGGGGUGUGGGCAGUAACAGCCUCCAUCUGCCUGUGCCGUCCACCUGUCCCGACGGCUUCAAGAUCCUCAUGAAACAAACCUGGCAAGGUAAACCCAGAAACCGGCCGUCCUUCAGGCAGAUCCUUCUCCAUCUGGAUAUCGCCUCGGCUGAUAUGCUCGGGACGCCACAGGAGACCUACUUCAAAUCUCAGGCGGAGUGGAGAGAGGAAGUGAAGAAGCAUUUCGAGAAGAUCAAAAGCGAAGGCACCUGCAUCCACCGACUGGACGAGGAGCUGAUUCGCCGCAGAAGAGACGAACUCAGACACGCUCUGGAUAUCCGAGAGCAUUACGAGAGGAAACUGGAGCGAGCUAACAACCUGUACAUGGAGCUCAGCGCUAUCAUGCUGCAGCUGGAGGUGCGAGAGAAAGAGCUGCUCAAGAGGGAGCAGGCUGUGGAGAAGAAGCAUCCCGGCACGUACAAACGCCACCUGGUUCGGCCCAUUGUGCGGCCCAACGCUGUUGAGAAGCUCAUUAAGAAAAAGAGCAGCAUGAACCAUAAGCCCGGGACACAGCAGCCAAAGAGGCCGGAUCUGCUGCGCUCCGAGGGCAUUCCCAGCGUCGAGCCUCUUCCGGCUCCGUCCCCGUUGUCAGGAAGCCCAAAAGUGUCCACCCCGCCUGGGAAAACCCGGUACCGCAGUAAACCCCGCCACCGGAGGGCCAACAGCAAAGGCAGUCACAACGAGUUCCCAGGAGCCCUCAAACCCAACUCGGCCCCGUCGGAGGAACAGCAGCCCCUACAGGACAGGGAGCAAAGCUACCAUCACCAUCAUCCCCCUCCGCCCGAGGGUCCGCUGUUACCGGUGAAGAGCCGCGAAAACGCCGUAGCCACCUGCGCUAACAACCUGCGCUACUUCGGCCCGGCCGCCGCUCUCCGCAGCCCGCAGACCGACCACCUGCAGCGGAGGCUGUCCGGCUCCAGCCCCGACCUCAUUUCCACCGCCGUGGACGCCGAUUCACGCCACCGCAGGUCCUCCGUCCCUCCGUCCGCGGGCUCCGGUGCUUGCUGUCAGGCGCAUCCGUUCCCCGGCUGCAUGCACUGUCAGGAGACGCCGGCCGCUCCCAGCCACCCCGAGCUCCCGCAUUACUCACUGCUGAGCACGUGCGAAGAAACGCCGCCCGCCGGCAAGAGAGCGCUGGAGCCCACGGCCCAGGGAGAAGCAACGGGAGAGCAGCCGGAGCAGAGAUCCAGCGGCCUGCUGCACUCGCUCAGACCCCUGAGAAACGCGGGAGACGAGUCGUCUGAGGAAGAGGAAGGAGAGGUUGACAGCGAGGUGGAGUUUCCACGCAGACAGCGAAUCCGCUGCAUUUCAGAGAUUGCGACUGCGACACGUCGGAUGCGGAAUGUUCUGACGCCACCAUCAGGAACAAACAGCCCUGCGCACCUUCAUCCUGACGUGUGGAAAUAUCCCAGCAUGCCUGCUUGGUCGGCAUUUGAUCAGCCAAUCAGACUGCUGCUGCUGCUCACCUCUACGGGCGAACAGGAAGUCAAAGAACAACUGCUCUAG